GAGGAAGGCUAUUUCCGCUUCCGGGUGACGUCGGCGCGUCCUUUCUCUCCGGGCCGCUAACUGAGCGAGAGGACGGGCCGGGGCUGCCGCCGAAUCCGCCUCCAUCCUCCUUCCCCGCUCGAGCUGAGCCCCCCGCGCCGCCGCCGCCAUGACGGAGCAGAUGACCCUGCGCGGCACCCUUAAGGGCCACAACGGCUGGGUGACCCAGAUCGCCACCACCCCGCAGUUCCCGGACAUGAUCCUGUCCGCCUCGCGCGACAAGACCAUCAUCAUGUGGAAGCUGACACGGGAUGAGACCAACUACGGAAUCCCGCAGCGCGCCCUGCGCGGCCACUCGCACUUCGUCAGCGACGUGGUCAUCUCCUCCGACGGGCAGUUCGCCCUCUCAGGCUCCUGGGACGGCACCCUGCGGCUCUGGGACCUCACCACAGGUACCACCACCCGCCGCUUCGUGGGCCACACCAAGGACGUGCUGAGCGUGGCCUUCUCGUCCGACAAUCGCCAGAUCGUCUCGGGCUCCCGGGACAAAACCAUCAAGCUCUGGAACACCCUGGGCGUCUGCAAGUACACAGUGCAGGACGAGAGCCACUCGGAGUGGGUAUCCUGCGUCCGCUUCUCCCCCAACAGCAGCAACCCCAUCAUCGUCUCCUGCGGCUGGGACAAGCUGGUGAAGGUGUGGAACUUGGCCAACUGUAAGCUGAAGACCAACCACAUCGGGCACACCGGCUACCUGAACACCGUGACAGUCUCCCCCGACGGCUCCCUCUGCGCCUCCGGCGGCAAGGACGGCCAGGCCAUGCUGUGGGACCUGAACGAGGGCAAGCACCUGUACACGCUGGACGGCGGUGACAUCAUCAACGCCCUGUGCUUCAGCCCCAACCGCUACUGGCUCUGUGCUGCCACCGGGCCCAGCAUCAAGAUCUGGGACCUGGAGGGGAAGAUCAUCGUGGACGAGCUAAAGCAGGAGGUGAUCAGCACCAGCAGCAAAGCCGAGCCGCCCCAGUGCACCUCGCUGGCCUGGUCUGCGGACGGACAGACCCUGUUUGCUGGGUACACAGAUAAUCUGGUCCGCGUCUGGCAGGUCACCAUCGGGACCAGAUGAGAGCCGCCCACAGGACCCAGCCUGCCUUUGUGUAAAAAAAAAAUCAAUAAAAAGUACAUUUUGGAGGUU